AUGAAUAUAGAUAGAAACGAUAGUAAUCGUGAACAGCGCAAGACCAAUUCAUUUAUUGGAAUCCUUAGUGCAGCAGGUAGAACAAUAAUAUACAGACUCACGACUUUUUAUUUAAGAAUACCAUUGAAAUUAUUCCGUCCACCUCGAUUUGAUUAUUUACAUUAUCUUAGAGUGGUAUACGCUAAGGAUAAUCUUUCGCAAGAUACAAAAUUUUAUCAAAGGUCACCAAUCCAUUUACUUAAUCAUGCAUUAAACAAAUACGGUUGGAAAGUGAUACCUGAAAGAAUUCUACCUCCUUUGUUACUAAAUUCUGUUACUGGGAUUGUAUUAUAUACUACCUAUUUACAAACCGUUUCUUAUUCAAACAAAGAUACACCAAAGAGUUCUUUGAGUUAUUAUACCAAUGUUUAUAAAGCUGGCUGGUGUGCUGGUGUUGUGCAGGCUCUGGUAUCUUCACCUAUUGAUGCAAUAUUUGCUAGACAAAGUAUGGAUGAACUUGUUAAACAAAUGAAUAAACAUGACAAUCUAUGGAAAUAUGGUUGGAAGAAAUGGAAACAAAUCGGACUUGUUGGUUGUUAUGGUGGAUUUUUAUUGACUUUAUUUAAGGAAUCAUUUGGAUUUGGUACAUAUUUUUGGUCAUUUGAAUAUAUUAAGGAGCAUUACAAAGAUGAUUUUAGGGAUUCUCAAUAUAUAAAUCAGUCUAUUAUAUUUGUAUCUGGUGUUACAGCAGCUAUAUUUUUACAAAUGAUUCAAUAUCCUAUUAGUAAAAUAGAGAAAUUACAUUUUAAACGACUUGAAGCUAUCGAUAUAACCAUUGCAGCUACAAAACCUCAAACAUUUUUGAACGAAUCAAGAAAUAAUUGGCGAAAUAGACAUAUGCAUCUAUAUCGUAAUGCAUAUCGUGAAACUUUCACUCAUUUAAGACAAGUACAUGGUGGCCAUCAUUUACAAUUUGUCCGAUGGCUAUAUAAGGGGUUUCUUCGUAACACAGCUGCUGUAAUACCGGGAACUACAGCAGGGUUAUUGUUUCUAAACUAUUUAAGAUCCCAAACAGAAUUCCAACCUUCACUCAAACCCACUCAGGUCACCUUCACAAGUUAA